AUGGCGGGUGCGGGGCCUCCGCUUCCUGGCGGCGCGGUAGCGGCGGGCGACCCGAUUGGCGGCCAGGCCUGCGCCCCGCCCCGCCGGGCGGGACUCCGCGCCCUCCCCAGUCGUGCCCUCCCAUUUCCGCCGGAGGCGUCCGGUGUAGUGGCUUGGUGGCGCGCAGUUCUCGCUGACUGUGCGCGCCCCCGUCUUGGCUCCUUUGCAGAGGACUCGGUAGCUGCAGCUCCCGGAGCACAGCGGGCAGAGCUGCAGACUGCGCGCUCCCCUGCUGCCCCGGGCCUCCAGCGGUGGCUCCCGCGCCCCGCGGCGACUUCCGCGCCCGCGCUUCCCUUCGUUCAAGUCCCCGAUCGGCGGUGGGGUCCGAGCCCGCGCCCUGGGCGACUGAGGUGGCCGCAGUCCGCGCCCUGGCGCCCUGGAGCCCUGGCGAUGCCGGACCAGAUCUCUGUGUCGGAAUUCGUGGCCGAGACCCUUGAGGACUACAUGGCGCCCACGGCCUCUAGCUUCACCACGCGCACGGCCCAGUGCCGGAACACCGUGGCGGCCAUCGGGGAGGAUGCAGUGACUUAUGAUGAUGUGCAUGUGAACUUCACUGGGGAAGAGUGGAAUUUGCUGGAUCCUUCCCAGAAGAGUCUCUACAAAGAUGUGAUGCUGGAGACCUACUGGAACCUCACUGUUAUAGGCUACACUUGGGAAAACCAUCAUAUUGAAAGACAUUGUCAAAGUUCAAGAAGAAAUGAAAGGUAUGAAAGUAAUCAUAGUGGAGAGAAACUCUAUGAA